AUGGGCUCCGACGUUGCUGCCGACGCCGGCAAGCCGCACGCCGUACUGGUGCCGUUCCCGGCGCAGGGCCACGUCACGCCGAUGCUGAAGCUGGGCAAGAUCCUCCACUGCUGGGGCUUCCACGUCACCUUCGUCAACAGCGAGUACAACCACCGCCGCCUGCUCCGGUCCCGCGGCGCGGGCGCGCUCGACGGCCUCCCGGGCUUCCGUUUCGCCACCAUCCCGGAUGGCCUGCCGCCGUCCGACGCGGACGCCACCCAAGACGUGCCCUCCCUCUGCCGCUCCACGGAGAAGACCUGUCUCCCGCAUUUCAGGGUCCUGCUCCAAGGUCUCAACGCCUCCCCCGACGUGCCUCCGGUCACCUGCGUCGUCGGCGACGACAUCAUGAACUUCACCUUGGAAGCCGCCAGGGAGAUCGGCGUACCGUGCGCUCUGUUCUGGACUGCCAGCGCCUGCGGGUACAUGGGCUACCGCUACUACCGCACCCUCAUCGACAAGGGCAUCUUCCCCUUGAAAGAGGAGCAGCUGACGAACGGGUUCUUGGACACGCCGGUGGAGUGCGCGCCGCCCGGGAUGAGCAAGCACAUGCGGCUCAAGGACUUCCCAAGCUUCAUCCGCUCCACGGACCCCGACGAGUUCAUGGUCCACUACGCCAUUAGGGUGACGGGUCAGAUAGCUGGCGCGGACGCCGUCCUCCUCAACACCUUCGACGAGCUCGAGCAGGUGGCACUCGACGCCAUGCGCGCCGUGAUCCCACCUGCCGCGUCCAUCAACACCAUCAACCCGCUCGCCCUCCUCGCCGAGCAGAUCGUGCCCAAGGGCGGCCAGCUCGACUCGCUGGGCUCCAACCUUUGGAAGGAGGACGUCUGCUGCUUCCGCUGGCUUGACGGCAGGAAGCCCAGGUCCGUGGUGUUCGUGAACUACGGCAGCGUCACGGUGAUGACCAGCGCGGAGCUGGUGGAGUUCGCGUGGGGUCUGGCCAACAGCGGCCACGACUUCCUGUGGAUCAUCCGGCCGGACCUCGUCAGCGGCGACGCCGCCGUGCUGCCUCCGGAGUUCCUGGAGGCGGUCAAAGGGCGCGGCCUGCUGGCAAGCUGGUGCCCACAGGACGCGGUGCUGCGUCACGAGGCGGUGGGCGUGUUCCUGACGCACUCUGGAUGGAACUCGACGCUGGAGAGCCUCUGCGCCGGGGUGCCGAUGCUGUGCUGGCCUUUCUUCGCGGAGCAGCAGACCAACUGCCGGUACAAGUGCACGGAGUGGGGCGUGGGCGUGGAGAUCGGCCACGACGUGCGGCGGGAGGCCGUGGAGGAGAAGAUACGGGAGGCCAUGGGCGGGGAGAAAGGAAAGGAGAUGCGUCGCCGCGCGGUGGAGUGGCGGGAGACCGCCGUGCGCGCGACGCAGCCCGGCGGGCGCUCGUACGCCAACCUGGAGAAGCUGGUGACCGACGUACUCCUCUCGGGUGGCAAUGGCAAGAGUUCUUAA